UAAGAGGUACACUGCAGUGAAACUUGUGACUGGAGGAUACAUGCAAGUAAGAUGUUUGACAGUGUCAGUUGGGCUAUUAAGGGGAUCAGUGGGUGCCACAAAACUUGUGGGAGAUUGGAGGAGAACCCUGUGGUGACCUCUGAGUGGCUAUGUAAGAACAUGAUGAGUCUAAUUGAGGCCAACACUGAAAUUCCUGUUGAGACAUUGAGAAGGUAUGCACAGGAGACAUUUCAAUUGAGGGUUAAAAAGAGAUUGUUGUACAAAGUAAGGAGUAUGGCAGUAGAGAAGAUACAUGGUGGUUGGGCUGAGGCUUAUGAGUUGCUUCCUAGGUAUGCUGAGAUGAUUAAACAGACAAACCCAGGAAGUUAUGCACUGAUUUCAUGGGGUGCUACAAGUGGGGAUCUGAACCCCAAGUUCAGAGCUUGUUUCUUCUCCUUUGCUGCUCAAGUCAAGGGGUUUUUGAGGGGGUGCAGGCCUAUAAUUGGAAUAGAUGGGGCUCAUCUAAGUGGGUUUUACAAGGGAAUCCUAAUCACAGCUGUUGGCAUUGAUGGGAACAAUGAAAUAUUUGUUCUGGCUUAUGGGAUAGUGGACACUGAGAGCUGUGAUAGUUGGACACAUUUCAUGAGAUGCUUGAGGCAGAUGUUUGAGCAAGAGGGUUGCAACAAAGAUGAUUGGACCUUCAUCAGUGACAGGAUGAAGGGAGUUGACUUGGCAGUGAGAGAUACUUUUCCUAGAGCUACUAGGAGAGUUUGCUGCCAACACUUGUACAUGAAUUGCAAAAACAAUGGAUUUAGUGGAUCUGCUUUCUUCAAACUGUUUUGGAUAGCUGCAAAUGCACACAAUGAGUAUGUGUAUGGUAAAGCAUUAGAGAAGAUCACUGCUCAUGAUCCAAAUGCUGCUGCAUACUUGGACACAUGCCAGGAGCAGUGGUCCAGGCAUAUGUUUGACCCUGCUGUUUGUUGUGAUCACAACACAACAAACUUUGUGGAGUCAUUCAAUGCAUGCACAAAACCAUACAGAGACAUGCCUGUAUUCUCAUUGUUGGAAGCAAUCAGAAAGUGGUGUAUGGAGAGGGUUGGGGCAAGAUUUGACAUGGCAAUUGAUAUGGAGGAUGGUCAGUUGACUGAGUAUGCCAAGAAAGAGGUGGAUGAAAGAACAGGAGAGUCUAGGUUCUGCUAUGCUACAGCCUGUGGUGGGGGGAAAUUUGAGGUCAGAGAUGCACAUGUGAACUUCCCCAUCAGGUUAUCAACUAGAAGCUGUGGGUGUGGGAAGUGGCAAAUUUCUGGAAUCCCCUGCAAGCAUGCACUCAGGGUGAUUUAUGACCAAAGGCUGAACCCCAUUGAUUUUGUCUCCCCAUUCUUCAAGUCUGCUGCAUACAAGCUUACAUAUGCAGACCACAUUCACCCCAUGUCAGACCCAACACAGUGGCCUAACUUUUCUCUCCCUACCAUUCAGCCUCCAGUCAUCAAAAGACAAGUUGGCAGACCUGCUAAGAAGAGAAAGAGAGGACCAAAUGAACCCAGGAAGGGGAAGAGGAACAGCAAUGUGAAAUGUGGAAAGUGCAGGGAGUUUGGUCAUAACUCAAGGACAUGUAAGAAUGGAGGACCAAGCACUGGACCAAGCACUUCAGCAGCAGCAGGAGCAAGUACAUCACAAGGGGGUCCAAGGGGGAGGAAAAGAGCAAACACAGCAACUUAACCAUGCACAAAGUUAAAAGUUAGUCAGUUUUUGGUGAAUUGUAGGUGCACAAAGUUAAAAUAGCUUAGGCAAUUUACAGUUAGUAUCACUUUUUGGAAAGAACACAAUUGCUUAGACAAGAUGUUUUUGUGCAGUUUCAGUGGCAUUUGUCCACUUAGAAAUCAGUUUUUGUAAAGCUCAUAUGCUUAAACAAGUGAUGUUAUUGCUUGAAAU